AUGAAUAUUUUGGUACCAACAACUCCAGCAGGAGCUUCUCCGAGAACAGCUACUCCCAUAGAGAAGCGAUGGUGUCCUCCUCACUCAGGUCUCGUCAAGUGCAAUAUCAAUGCUAAUUGGCGCAAUGACAAACUGCAUAGUGGGGGUUCUUGGAUUUUACGUGACCACUCUGGAGCAGCCCUCUUUCACGCUAGAGAAGCCUUCACGUCGUCACCUAACCGAAUGAUUGCUGAAUUCAGAUGCCUCAUAUGGGCACCUCAAGGUCUACACGACUUACACGUCUCAGAGGUGAUUGUUGUAUCGGAUUCACAGGUCAUGAUCGACGCGAUUACCAAACCCUUAGAGUGGCCAAGAUAUCGUGCUUUUACUGAUUACAUACAUCGGUCAUGUAUUGGCUUCUCAUACUGCUCCAUUGAAUACGAGGCGCCUGAAGCUAACAGAGCUGCAAGGGAAAUAGCCAAGAGCGUGACUCGUGAUGGACGUUUUCAAUCAUACAUUACGAUGGAUGACCUUCAUGGUUACACAACCUCCUUCGUCAGAACUCUUUUUGAUUAA